AUGAAGUGGACUCCUCUGGCUUUCCUGGGCCUCGCGGCCACGACCUACGCCGACGGUGCCGCUGUCACCGGCAUCAUCAAGCCUGACGGCAAUGCGCCCGCCGGCUGCAGCCCGUCGCGCGAUGGCAAGUUCCAGGUCACCGUCUACUCGCUGGGCAAGCGCGACAUCAUUGAGAAGCGCAACACCUGCGACAGCGAAAAGACUCUGGUCAUGACGCUCCAGAACGGUGUCCUCAAGGAUGCCAAGGACCGCACGGGCUACAUCGCCUCGAACUACCAAUUCCAGUUCGACGGCCCUCCCCAGGCCGGUGCCAUCUACACCGGUGGCUUCUCAACCUGCACCAACGGCUCUCUGGCGCUUGGCUCGUCAACCGUGUUCUACCGCUGCCUCUCUGGUAACUUCUACAACCUGUACGACCGCCAUUGGGCGGCUCAGUGCGAGCCCAUUGAGAUCGCUGUCCUGCCUUGCGACGGCAGCUCUGGCGGCAACCCCGGCAACAACAACCCCGGCAACGGCGGCCACAGCACCGUCGGCACCAGCAUGCAGGUCACCACCAUCGUGACUGUCCUGUCUGACGGCCAGCCCCAGGUUGUUCCCACGACCAUCCCCGUCCCCAUGUGCCAGAUCGGCGACGGCCAGGUUCAGGUCCACACCACUCCUUGCGCCUCUGCUCCCGUCGUCAGCCAGAUCUCCGACGGCCAGCCUCAGGGCCCGACCAACACGGUCGCUCCCCCGCCUCCCGUUUCCCAGAUCUCCGACGGACAGCCCCAGGCGCCCUCGAGCGCGCCCCCGCCGCCUCCCGUCUCGCAGAUCUCUGAUGGCCAGCCUCAGGCUCCCACUCACACUGCGGCCCCUCCUCCUCCCGUCUCGCAGAUCUCUGAUGGCCAGCCUCAGGCUCCCACUCACACUGCGGCCCCUCCUCCUCCCGUCUCGCAGAUUUCGGAUGGCCAGCCUCAGGCGCCCACGCACACCGCUGCGCCGCCUCCUCCCGUCUCGCAGAUCUCCGACGGCCAGCCCCAGGCUCCCACGAACACUGCCCAGCCGCCUCCCGUCACCCAGAUCUCGGACGGCCAGCCCCAGGCCCCCACGACGAACGGCUCGGUCCGACCUCCUCCGGCCACGACCAGCGCCGUCGCCGUUCCCACGGCCGCUGCCAAUCCCGCUGGCGCGCCGGCGCUCCUCCUGGCUGCCUUUGGCGCCGCCCUGGCCCUCUAA